UCGCUACUCCGUUUCAGUGAGAAAAAAACAGCUGCCACGCGCGCAUCCGUACACCCGCUGCCCCGGCGUCCCCCUCGCCGGCCCGAUGGCCAACCCGCGCCUCCUCCUCCCCAGGAUCCUCUGCGCCGCCGCCGCCGCCUUCUACGCCUGCCUCCCGGCGCCCGUCUCCGCCAUCCGGAAGGACAUUGGUCUUGCUGCACCCAUUAUAUGCAGGCGAACUGUUCAAGGCCGGCAUUUGAUAUCAGAUGAUAAUGGUUAUGUAUGUUCUGCCCUUUCGAUCGAUCCAUGGUCUCGCUGCUGCCCACGAACAGGAGCACGCUUCUCCUGUCAGGGCUGCAACCUUGAUUUGCAGUGCUGCAAUUCUUACGAGUAUUGUGUUUCUUGCUGCUUGAAUCCUUCUAGGACCAAGGAAGCAGAUGUGCUGAAGUUGAAGGUAGCUAAGCCAGUUACUGCUGGAACUUACGCCAAUAUCUUCGAUUUCUGCAUGGGAAGAUGCCGCCAUAGUUCUGCAAGCGUGGUCCAUGAAAAUGCAUAUUUGAGCGAUUUCCAUCAUUGCUUUCUGGUGCAGCAAAAUUCAUCAGCAGGAUCAACUGAAUCUAAUUUUGGAUCAAGGCUGGAUGGCAUUAACGUCAUUUUGGGAAGGCAGGGGGAAUCGUGUAGUUCUGCAUGCAAAGCAAAAGGACAAUCAUGUGUUCCAAGCAGGCUUUCUGAGUUGAACAAAUGUCAGAUGGCUUUAAAGCAUGCCGUCGUUCUAAUCAGCUGUUUUGCUCCAUCCCAUAUCCAGUUACUCAAUCUGAAUAUGGAAGCAAUCUCUUUGCUGGAGAAGUUUCAGAUAUCUACACGUUUCCAAGUUCUGAAUUACCAACUACUGCCUACUUGAUUAAAUGAAACAAUUCCAGCAGAAGUUUGUAAAUGACAAAGCAAAACACUUAAUUGGAGAAGAGACAGGACCGUGGUGCAAUCUAUAUAGUGGAGUGAUGGAAGUUAAGGAAAACACCAUAUAUCUUAAUAUCUUAUACAGUGGAGUGAUGGAAGCUAAGAAAAGCAUCAUAUAUCUUGAUAAAAGUUUGCAGCCUAUUUUGUGCACAAUCUAAAAUUUUACGUUGUAGUUGUCCAUAUGAGGUGGAUUUCAUAUCAUGUGUGAUUGCCAAAAGUAAAGUGGUGAAUCACGUUUCAAUAUAAAACAUAUUCUUAGAGUGCCUAUAAUUACUGAUAGCAGUAUUGUUAACAUGUAGAUUCUUCAGAUAAUAAUGAUUCUGGGCCAAAUAUGAGGCUUUGCUAUUACCAGUGUGAUUUUGGUCUUUUUGUCACUAACAUAAUUUAUGAAACAGUGUUAUUUGGUCUUAUUUAUCAUUAUUCAUCUAGGAUGUCCAAGUAGUAGUAACCAGUAAGUUACAUACACCUGUGGUUCUUGCUACAAAACCAUAUCUGUUGCACUUCUAUUUUAAACAAAUUCUUUCAUGUUGCAAAUCAGCACGAGGAAAAUUUAGUCAGCAAGUCUGAUUUGAAAUGGAGUUGUGUUGACCUUUUUAUCUGACUAUUUAUCAAUUCAAGAAACACAAAUCAGCAUUUUCUUG